UGGGAAUGAGCAGGACUGGUCUUCCCUUCUCCUCGGCGCCAUUUUCAAACAGUGUUACCGCCACCGGAAGACCGUUCACCGUGGGGAGGGGAGGAAAUCUGCAGUAGACACUGAUGCUUAGCUAACCUCAAACAGUUUCACAAAAUGAAAGCGCUGAGGCGAAAUACCCAAACAACAAACAGCAAGCAGACUUUGCAGGGUUAAUUGUUGCAUCGUUUAUUGUGUUCCCCCUGAGGAGAAAAGCUUUAUUUCCGUGUGCCAGAUAUGCUGCAGAAUGAAGACUGAGGCUAAUAACUGUCUUCUGAAGACAGACUGACAGUUUAUGUAAACAACAACAAGCGUCGGAAUCGGAGCGUAUAUUUUGUUGAAUGACCAUGACGACCAGCGCAGAGCGGAAGUUCGUCAAUCUGCGGAAGCGUUUAGAUCAGCUGGGCUACAGACAGCCGCUGGCCAUUGAGAGUCUGCCAUUGGUUGAGAAGCUCUUCAGUGACCUGGUCCACACCACUGAGAGUCUCAGAAAUGCUAAGCUUGCUGCCGGAAAAACAGAAAAGGAGAGUCGGAAUGUGGAUGCUCUUCUGGAGCCGUAUAAAGCUGAAAAUGCCCGUAUAGUCCGAGAAAACAACGAGCUGCACCUUGGGCUUUUGAAACUGAGAGAGGAGAAGGAUCGGAUCAGCAGGGAGCUGAAGGCCUACAUCAGGAAACUGGACCAUGAAACCUCUGAUCUGAAGUUCCUCAAUAAUCAGUAUGUGCACAAAGUUCGGACCCUUGAGAAGGACAGCAAAGCCAAGACGGAGCGUAUCCUACAGCUCCAAGAAAAGAACAUGCAAGCUGUUGUUCAGACACCAGGAGGGAAGAAGCGAUCAAUCCCGUUUAGACGCCAGCGGAUGCAGAUAGAUGAACUCCUCCCACCCUCCGGUGGCCCCAUCCCUCCAUCUGUGGCACAACCAGAUGAUCCCUACAUCGCUGACCUUCUUCAGGUGGCUGAUGACAGAAUCCAGGAGCUCCAGAAGGAAGUGGCACAGCUCAAACUUGACCUGGAGAGAGCGCAGGCUGGAAUCAAACAUCUCAACACACAGGUGGAGGAGCGAGAUAAAGAGAUUGAGCGUCUGAAUCGAGCUCUGGAUGGUGGUCGACCUAAUGAUGUCAUCUCUCUGGAGGCUCAAAACAUCAGCAAUGAAAAACUUAUUGCUCAUUUGAACCUGCAGAUAGAGUAUCUGCAGGAGACCAACAGAUCCCUUGAGCAGAGAAUUGACGGACUACAGCAGAGGAAGAAGACUGUGUCUAGUGAGGUGGCUGACCUGAGUGCUCGAAAUCAAGAGCUGUGUCAGGAGCUUACUCAAAUAGACCAGCUUGCCCAGCAGCUAGAGAAAGACAAAGAGAUGGUUCUAGAGACUGCUGACAUGGAGCUGGAAGAGGCCAAGAAAGAGAUUCAGCGUCAACAGCGGGAGCUAGAGGACCUGGAGGAGGUCAUCUCUACAUUAAGACGGGAUAUGGCAGAUGGAGAUCACGUAAAAGACCGUUUGAGGGAUCAACUACUUGAUCUUCAAGAACAGAAUGAUAAGAUGGAGGGACUGAUAAACUUUCUGGAAGAAGACAAAAAGAGACUUCAGGACAAAAUAGAAGCAAUGACACAGGCUGAUAAGGAGAUGAUUCUAGAAUUAGAGCGAAUGCGUGCAAGGCAUGGGAUGUGUGGCAAGGAUCACUCUCCAUCCCGUCUAGAUGCCUUUGUGAAAAGUUUAGAGGAGGAAAGGAAUUAUUACAAACAGGAGGUGGAGAGGUACCGUCUGGUUAGGGGCAGGACAGACAAAAGCUCUACCCCUAGUCCAGGCAGGGGGAGGAGCCCCAGAGGAAGAGGCAGCUGGUAUGAAAAGAGAGAUGGUGAUGCAGAGCUCUCUCGUGUAGUGAAGGAGAGGGAUGAGCUACAGUCAGUGCUCCUGGGCUUUGAGAAACAUAUAGAGGACAUCCAGACCAGAGUUAAACUACUGACUGCAGAGAGAGACCAGCUCAGCUCACAGUACCAGCAGACUCAGGAGGAACUGAGACGUGUCCAAAGGGAGCUUGAGUCCUCUGAACUCCAGCACAGGAUCAGAGACGACAGUGAACAGACUGAAGCUGAACUCCAGAGAGUUACUGCUGAGAGAGACAUGCUUAGAGACAGACUCAAGGUUGCCCAGAGCUCAGCUCUAACAGAGCGAGGACAGGAGGAGAUCAGGAUUCUUGACCUGGAGAACACUAUUGAGAUGCUAGAGAGAGAGAAGGCUGAUCUGCGCACUCAGGUCGCUGUGCUGAAGGAGAGUCGUGUUGCUGUUGAGAAGGAGCUGAAGUCUCAGUCAGCAGUGCUGGUGCAGAAUGUAGAGGAGGCCACACAGCACAGAGUCGAGAUCGGUGCGCUCAGGCUUCUGCAGGAGCAGAUGGAGCAGUCUCUCUCAGAUGUUCAGCACAGAUUAUCUGUGAAGACCAGUGAACUGCAGGCAGCUCACCAACAGAUCGACAAACUAGAAGAGAAAAUCGCUGAUCUGAGUAGACAUGGUUCAUCUCAGAAGGAUGAGGUUGCAACUCUGCAGAACACAAUAGCAUCUCUAGACCGAGAGAAAGACGCCCUGCAGGACGAUGUGGACCAGAAGACUGAGAGUGUGGUGCUGCUACAGGAAGAGAUCCACAGGAAGGAAAAGACUCUGUUGGAAGUCCGGCUAACAGUUACUGACUUGGAGAACUCUUUGGAUCAGCUGAAGGGGGCGUUGAGCAGUCGAGAGAGGGAAAUCGCUAGCCUACGCAGACAGCUGGAUCGAUCACAAGAGGAACUCUCAGCCGUUAGUCGAGACAGAGAGGUCGCGCUGAGAGAGAACCGCAGGUUACAGGAUGAUCUGGCCACCAUGACCAGAGAAAAUCAGGCUGUGCACGCAGAAAUGCAGGAAGCUCUGAAUGAGAGGGAUGAACUGAAGCUCAGAGUUCAUUCAUACAUCUCUGAGGUGGCGCGGAUAGAAAGCCUAAUGGCUGCCAAGGAACAGGAGAACAGGGACAUGCUGGAGCGUUUCCGAAACAUCCACACUGAGUCAGAGGAUAGAGAGCUGAAGCUGCAGCAGGCCGAAGGGCUAAACAACUCCAUUAGAUUGGAGCUGCUUUCAUCCGACACGGAGCGCAGGCACCUCAGAGAAAGAGUCUCACUGCAGGACAGAGAGAUACAGGAGCACUUGAAUGCUCUGCAAGCAUAUGAAGCUCAGGUGUCAUCGCUGGCAAGGGCAAUGUCUCGUUUGGAAGAGGAGGUCCAGGCGGCUCGAGCCGAGAAAGCCUCAGUAUUGGCAGAUCUGGCCUCUGUCAGAGAACUGUGCGUUAAGCUCGACUCCAGCAAAGAGCUCACCGUUCGCCAGCUGACGGCUAAGAGCAUGGAGCUGGAGAGAGUGACGGGUGAACUGGAGGAUGUGCGCUCUGAGACAGAGCUUCUGAAAAAGCAGCUGGACAGUGAGCGUCGGACGGUACGCAAUCUUGAGACUCUGCUCUCUACCAAUCGACAGAAGGAGUUUCAGACGCACCUGAAUGCCAGCGAGAAAGAAUCUGAGCUCAAAGUGUUGAAGGACCGCCUCGCUCUCGCUGACAGCAAAACGGCUGGUCAUGCUAGAGAGGUUUCUCAGCUGCGUGGAAAAGUGUCUCAGCUACAGACAGAAAUGGAUGUCCUAAAGAGACAGCUAACCACUGAGCGCUUUGAACGGGAGAGAGCUGUGCAGGAAAUGCGCAGACAGGGCUUAUCUUUCUCUUCACUGCGAAGCUCUUCCCCUCUCAGUACCUCUCUCAGUCCCCGGCCUACUUCUCCUGAGCGCUCCAUCCUCCGCACACCAGAGCGCACCGUAGACAAGACACCAGAAAAAAGUGUAAGCUUUAAGGAGUAGCGAAAAAGGAAAUGAUUCAUCGCAGCCUGUCACGUUUGCGCAGACACAAAACACGGAUGUCUUGUGGAAGAUUCUUGUUUAAUCAGUUCUGAAGAAACUUUGUGUUGGGCCAGAAAUGUCUCUGAGAUCAGUCCAGAAGAUAUUUUCUUGGGCUUCUAAAAGGGAAAUACUUGUAUAUUUAUUUAAGGUCAAAGGUAAAAUUAUGCCACCAAAGCCAAUAUGUAGAGCAGUGUUGAUGUUAAAAUCAUACAUUUUGUAAUAACAUGAAAGAAUUUGUAUUGCAGUAGUUGUAUUGUCAUUAUUGUUCUUAAUAGUUUUGGACUUUGUAAUUGAAAACGAGGCAGCUUGUAGCACGUCAUGUAUUUACAUGGUAGACCUUUUCUAACAAGUGAAAAUAAAUAUUAAAACUGUUCUAAAACAUGCCUGAAGUGAGAGGAGAAAUAAAAGUGACCAAAGAGGUCUUCAGAAAGUUGAUAUUUCCAUGUUACUCAGGGCUAUGUUAAUGUCACACUACCACUCCAACCUGUGUUUUAUGUUUAUGUAUGUAUAAUUUAUGUUGACUGAUUAACUUAAUAAAUGAAUAAACAUGCAGUUUUUAAUA